AUGAAAAUCAAAUUAGCUCAAGACGAGUAUUGCUCCAAAGCAGAACAAGGUUUAUGGCAUACUUUGGGAGGACCUUUUCCAGAGGAUUUGAGGUGGGAAAUGCUUGUUGAAGUCUUGCGCGGCAGGGUUAAAAUAUCUACACACUGUUACGAAGUUGUCGAUCUAGACGCAAUGGUCCGAUUGUCGAAUGAAUUCCAAUUUUCGAUAGCGACUCUACACCACGCUUCUGAGGCUUGGUUAAUUCCAAAAGUCCUCAAACGAAUGUGGGGUGGCAUUCCAUCCAUUGCCCUAUUUGCAACCAAUUACAGGUACAAGAGAGAAGCAUAUCGUGGUUCGGAAUUUGCGGCUCGUGUUCUGGCAGAUGAAGGCAUACCAGUGAUCAUGAAAUCUGACCACCCAGUCAUCAAUUCUCGUUAUUUGAUGUAUGAAGCUCAACAAGCCCAUUAUUUCGGCCUGCCACCUCACCUAGCACUUGCCUCUGUAACUUCUACGCCCGCUAUUGCGGCAGGCCUUUCCCAUCGCAUCGGAAUCCUAAUGGAAGGUUCCGACGCAGAUGUUGUAUUAUGGGACUCCCACCCUCUUCGUCUAGGCGCAACUCCCGUCAAUGUGUGGAUUGAUGGAAUCUUGCAAAUACCUGUGCCUCCUAAAACAGGAGAAGAAAAUCACAUAGAGGUCGGAAAGGGCAAGGAGGGAGAUGAGUGGAGACAAGUGCCUGAGACACCAAACUGGGAUAAAGAACGGGACAAUGCAAUUAAAUGGGAUGGUCUUCCACCUCUUGAAGGCCGAAAAAUAGAAGGCAAGGUCGCAUUUAUCAAUGUAAAAGAGAUCUUGAGGAAAUCAGAGAAUGGAUUGAUUGCGCACUCUUUCAACAGCAUAUCGGAGGAUAUGGCAAUGGGCUCUGUUGUCGUCAUGGAUGGAGUAAUCACUUGCGCGGGCGUAUGCAACAAUACUGAUUUACGUGAAAGUUCGAGGAUUGUUGACGUGCAAGGCGGGUCGAUUGCCCCUGGACUAAUGACAUACGGUUCGCCGUUGGGACUGGGAGAAAUUGCAGGAGAGGCAUCGACUACAGACGGUGAAACAUACGACGCAUUCAAGCGCGACGUCCCAAAAAUCCUUGACGAUACGGGCGCUAUUGUUCGAGCUGUAGAUGCACUGAUGUUUGGAACUCGUGAUUCUCUUACGGCGUAUCGAGCGGGGGUUACUUUGGCUACCUCGUCUCUGGCGAAGCCAAUCUAUAUGGCAGGUCCAGAUGCCCACAUAAUAGCCGGUCUGUCGACUUCGUUCCGGACUGGCUCGCUUCACGCCAUGCAACGCGGGGCUAUUGUGCAAGAUAUAGCUGCGUUGCAUGUUGUCAUAGGUAAAUCGCACCCCGAAAAAAGAAGAGUCAGCGUGAGCACCCAGAUUGCUGGUCUAAGGCGACUGUUGUACGGCUGGGAAUCUCAAGAUAAAGAAACCGGUUUUUGGUUCAGGAAAGCUGCCGAGGGAGUUGUCCCUCUUGUGAUAGAAGUGGAUAGCGCAGAUAUCAUGGCCAGUCUUUUGAUUCUAAAGACAGAUGUCGAAGACAACAUUGGUUCGCGGAUGAGAAUGGUUUUCAGCGGUGCAGCAGAAUCGCAUCUUCUGGCAAAGGAAAUCGGCAAAUUGCCAGGACCCCCUCUUUCAAACGAUACGGCACUUGUGAAGCUCGUUGAACAAGGGGUCGUGGUUGGUUUGGGGAUACGAGGUGCAUGGGAGGCUCGUAAUACACGUUUUGACGCAGAAUGGGCCGCUCUAGAAUCGAAUGGUAGGAUCUCAAAGAACCAGGCAUACGCUCUUGUUUCCAAUAACCUCGAGAAAUUGCUUGGUAUCCGUGGAAUUGAUGACGAGACAACCGACUUGGUUGUUUAUGAAGGAGGAAGUAUGUUUGACCUCUCAAGCAAAGUAAUUGGUGUGAUAUCUCCUGGACGAAAAUUGGUAGAUUUGUUGUAA